AUGCGCAUCGGUCACGUGGUCGAUUUUGCCUACUACGUCGAUGGCGGAAGGACAAUCCCUACCCGCGCUCAACUGGGUGAAUUAUUCUGCGACGACCCUAGUUUCCGGCCGCCACCACCGGCACCACGUACCCAAAUGGACGAACUGCAUGAAGAACAGGGCACCGAGGAAAUGAACACAAUCGAGCCGAUACCAGGCAACGUUUUCGUCCGUCGACAACCCAAGUGGCUGUCCAUCACGCAAUUACCGCGCCUGAACACAUAG